AUGGCAUUCUCAGUGCACUAUCGCAAUCUUGCCCUGCUGACCGCAUUGAAGACAGGUCAAGAGCCAGUGCGUCUCGAGUUACCUUCCUCAGCAGACACAGAUCACCUCUGUCGUACCCCUCCUUGCCGCACAAAGAUCCACUACGGCAGCGGUACGAAGAUGCCUGCGUUAUUUGGCAACAGUUUUUGGGCAAAGACCGUCCUCAACGAGGACUCGGUAGAGCCGCGCAAUCCCUUACGGCGCGAAAGAGCAGUCUACAGCCUGCCCACUACACCGGAAAAGCCUGCUCAAAAGCCAAUCGAGCCUGAUGCAGAAGCAAUUGAAAAUACUAUAGAUGAGCAGGAUGACCAUAUAGGAGCACAAGAAGACCAUGUCAAUGCACGAUCAAAGGAAGACACUGAAUCAGUGCUGGGUCAAGAAUACGGAGCACCAGCCCUUACUACCUCCCCAACGCCUGACCACGCGCCAACCUCCUCGCCUCUCGUCACCAAGGAUGACAAGCCUUUGCCCCUGGGCUUUCGAGACCUGAAGCGCAAGCACGAUAGCAAUAGCAAAAGUAAGGACAUGCCCGAGAGAACCUUGGCAAAAGUGCACCAAGCGCCGACUUUAUUACAUCUCAUCAACACCGAGCAUAAGUCCUCGCCCGAGCGACUUCGAGAGCUCAUGCGCAAGCGUAUGAGUAAGAGCAAGAGCAAGAAUACAAUCGUCUACUCCUCACGGCACGUGGGCACAAAGAGGCAAAAGCGCGCCUCUACGCCAGCCCAACAGCUCCCCGUCGACUAUCCACCUGCCGCUUCGCCUCCCGCCACCAUUCCUCCCAAAAGUCCACCUCCCACCAACACCCUUCCCACCCCUCCCACCUCCUCACCGCCUCACCAUCUCUCCACCCCUUCUCCUACAAACCCAUCCUCCACCACCACCAUCCCAACCACCGACUGCCCACCAACCACCACCCCUCCUGCCCCAAAGUGCGAAGAACCUCUCCGCCCCCUUACCAUCCACGACAUCCAAACAAUGGCCGAAUGGCCCAUACACUCCUACACGCGCAGCGAAGAUCUAUCCCGCGACCCGGGCUCCGUGCUGGUGAAAUGGGAGGACAUGUUGAUCACAAGGGAGGCAUGGGACUUUGUGGCGGGCACCACAAGCCCCGCAAAGAUUCUGCACCAGUCAUCCCUCAUGAUAGCAAAAGUGAAGAGAACCGCCGCUUGUCUUGGAGCGACUGGGCAUACGAUGAUAACCAAACGACUACUACCCCUCGUGAAGAUCGCAACAGAAUUUUUACUGUCAAAGAGGAAGGUUGAAUCUAAUCAAGGUAUUAUGCAGCCUAAUUUCAACGGCGAUUGA